AUGGCUAAAGACAGUGAGCUAUGGGAUAUGAUCCUUGAUGGGCUUCAUGUUUCUGAGAGAGAAAUUAAGGAAGGACAAAUCACUAGGCUGGUUGCUAAAACUCGAAGGGAAUACAAUGAGGAGGAUAACAAAAAGAUUGGAAAUAAUCUCAAGGCUAAAAAGUUCUUGGUGUGUAUCAUAGGACCUGAUGAGUACAAUUAUAUUUCUGCUUGUGAGAGUGAGAAGGAGAUUUCAAACUGUCUAUGGACUGCUCAUGAGGGAACUAGUCAGGUUAAAGAAUCUAAGGUAGAUAUGUUGACUACACAGUAUGAAGCCUUCACUAUGAAGGAAAGUGAAACCAUUCAGGAAAUGCACACUAUAUUUACCUCUAUCACCAAUAAAUUACUCUAUUUUGGUGAAGUUAUUCCACCCAGAAAACAGGUUGACAAGAUAGAGAAUAGCAAGGGAAAGGAGACUGAAGUAGUGGUUACUACACUUUCAAAACCACCUCCUCUAAUUCCCUAUCGAUUGAAAAAGAAGGCCAAUGACACAAAGAAGUUUAUGGCCAUGCUUAAGCAGUUGAUAAUUAAUUUGCCAUUAGUGAAACCAUUAGAGCAGAUGCCCGGGUAUGAAAAGUUUAUGAAAGACCUUGUCAUGAAGAAACGGACAGUUAGUUAUGAGCCGAUGGACAAUAUCCAUUAUUGUGAUGCUAUUUCUAUAAGGUCUUUGGUGCAGAAGAAGGAAGACCCUGGAGCAUUUACCAUUCUAUGCACUAUUAGGUCUCUUGAUUUUGCAAAAGCUCUAUGUGAUUUGGGAUCUAGUAUAAACUUAAUGCCACUAUUUGUGUAUAAGAAAUUGGGUUUGAGGGAUCCUAUUUCCACAAACAUGAGUCUAGUUAUGGCGGACAGGUCUGUGAAGCUUCUCGUGGGGAUUCUAUAUGACGUAUUAGUAAAAGUGGCCAGUCUCAUAUUUCUGACUAAUAAUGUCAUUGUUGAUUGCGAGGUGGAUUUUGAGGUGCCCAUAUUCUUGGGUCAACCUUUUCUCACAACUGGAAGUGUUCUUAUUAAUUUGAGGAAAAAUGAGCUACUAUUUAGGUUGAAUGAUGAAGUAGUUCAAUUCGAUGUAUGUCAGUCCAUGAACUGGCAUAAAGACAUGAGCGUCUUUUCUAUUGUGGAUGUUUAUUAUAAGGAGGAGCAGGAAGUGCCUAUAGGAGAAAAGUUUGUGGUUGAGACUUUAGCUGUUGUAUUAAUGAAUUUGGAUCAAGAUGGUAUUGAAGAUUAUGAGGAGAUUGUAUGUGCGCUGACAGGCUUGGGGUCUUAUUCUUAUGCACCUAAGAAGCUAGAUUUGGACUUGAAAAAUCGUCCAAGUCCACCGUCCAAGCCAUCUAUUGAAGAGCUUCCUACUUUGGAGCUAAAACAGUUACCUGGUCAUUAG